GUUUAUUUACAGCUCAGUUCGUUGCAAUGGAGAUUCUGGGAAUGUUAAACAUGCCGACUUGGCUUGUUGGCAUCAUCAUGUUUGUGUUGACAGUUUGUCUCUACACAUGGUACAAACAAAGCUACUUUAAGCGCCUUGGUAUACACACAAAGCCAACAGUUUUCUUCAUUGGAGACAUGUUUGAGGUUUCAAAAAAGGGUUUCGGGUACAUUGAUGAUAAAAUGGUGAAAGAAAAUGGAAAGAUUUUUGGGUUGUACCUUGGCAAUGUCCCAACACUCGUUAUAAGUGACACAGAUAUUAUAAAACAGAUAAUGGUGAAAGAUUUUUCUAAAUUCACUGAUCGUGUGAACAUCAUUCAAAGGACAAAGAAAUGGAAAUCUGCUGUCACUUCAGCUAGUGGAGAACAUUGGAGAUUCUUGCGAACAACUCUUAGUCCAGCAUUCACUACUGGGAAGAUAAGAGAGAUGGAACCCUACAUACAUAAAUGCAUGAAGACACUGCUUGAGUUGUUGUCUCAAAAGACUGACCAGCAUCCUGAAGGUUUUGAUAUUGUACAAAAUUUGUCCGGUUAUACAUUGGAUGUAAUAUGCAGUACUGGUUUCGGACUUGAUGUCGACGCACAGAAAGAUCCUAAUAAUCCCGUUAUCAAAUACGCCAGGGAAUUUCUUGAAUUCAGAGGCUUAAGGAAUCCAUUAUUCAUUAUACAAAUAUUCUUUCCCGAUCUGUCUAGCAUAUUUGGCAAGCUUCUAGAAUCAAACAUUGUUUCAGAUGAGGUAUUUGAUUUCUACAUGUCAACAAUAAAACAGGCUUUCACCGACAGAAAACAGGAUCAGUCAAAACAUAGAGAUCUGCUUCAGCUUUUGAUAAAUACACAUAAGGGACAAUUAGGUCAACAUGAGAUUGACACUGAAGAAACUACUUUUGAAGGAAUGAAGCAGAGAGGUUUGACUGAUGAAGAAGUUCUAGUCAACUCUAUUGUAUUUAUGUUAGCUGGGUUCGAUACAACAGCGACCACUUUAUCUUGGAUCGUUUACGAUCUUGUUACUAACACAGAUUGUCAAGAAAAACUCAUUAAGGAGAUAGACGGAGAAAUUGGCGAAUCAGAGACGACGUAUGACAAUGUAUUCAAGCUGAGGUACCUUGACAUGGUUGUAAGCGAGACUUUGAGAAUGCAUCCGCCAGGACAAAGGAUCAACCGUUUGGCUAUAGAAGAUGUUAAAAUAAACGGUUUACAAAUACUGAAAGGGAUGGAUUGCACGUUUUCAGUACUGGCACUUCAUUACAUGCCGGAAUAUUGGGAAAACCCGUACAAAUAUGACCCAGAAAGAUUUGCCCCUGAAAAUCAAGCCAACAUAAAUCAGUAUGCUUACAUACCGUUUGGUCAGGGUCCAAGGAAUUGUAUUGGGAAAAGACUUGCCCUGCUGGAGGUCAAGGCCACUGUUGUAGUUUUACUGCAGAAGUUCAGAAUGCACAAGACAGAUAAGUUACAAGUUCCGAUGCCUGUGUCCGAUGUUGGUUUUGGUAAACCAGCAAAACCGGUAUUUGUGCGAUUGGAGAAGAGAUCAAAGAGUUAAAGCAGUUCCAUUUUACAUAUAUGGUGUAGCAACUUCACAUCCGUUAAGUAUCACAGUUCAGUAACUCAAACAUGUAAACACAUUAUUGUCGGCGUUUUGAUUAUUAAAUUCUGCCACGAUGAAAUGACGACUCUCAUUGUGUCAUUGAGAUUUGGAUAAAUCUUCUUUCGAAAAAUAAGUUAUAUUCCGCUACAUGAAUUCACAAUUUUUGUCAAUUUAUCGUUUUUAUCGGAAAAAAAUAUUAGAAAAUCUCCCUGAUAAACGGCCUAAGUUCAACUAAAAAAAAGACAAAAAUACAGGUUGGGUUUACCACAGAACUUUCCAGAGACAUCCAGUAGUAAAGAAGGAAAUUCAUUUAAGUGUUUAAAGCUUACUUACCGAAUCUGAUGGAAGCACCUUUUUGAAUGAAGUUUAUGUCGUUUGUGUAGAAGUUUUUGGAUGAGCAUAGUUAUGAGAAAAUGCAUUUCUUUCUCAUAUACGUUUUUAAAACUUUCUUUUAAAAGAGAUAGGUGUUGCGUUUUCAAAGUACCUUAGCUGCCAUCUAUCAUUAGGUAAAGGUUCUUAAGAUUUCCUUUAAUUGUUUCAAAGUGUAAAAGGGAGAUUAUCUAAAUGUGCUUAAAGCCAGAGUUAUUGCCGAUGCACUUCUUUCUUUGCUGUCACGGAAGAAUAUGAAAGUUAAUGAAAACAUAUUUUGGAAAUCUGUACACUUCUUUUAAGGUUUUAUAUCCUUCAUUGAAAACUUCCACUUGGGUAGCGAUAAUAUAUAACCGUACCAAGGCUGUUUAUAGAUGUAUUGCUUCCUUAGCCCAUUGGUAAGAACUCUGGACUUGAGAACUUUAUAAUUGUUCUGUCGUUUGUUCAAACUCCACAUUGAUCACUGUUUCUAUCUUUGAUUGAAUUUCGCAAAUUAAUGAGGAUGAAUAUGUUUAACACUGAACAAUGACGAAAAACCUGGUAAUGAUCGAUUUGAAGUUUGAUUGUUUAGAAUAAAAUCUAGACGUAGGACUUUGAUUACUUAAAAUGAUCCUCUGCGUAAAGCUGUAUAUAAGGAAUACAAGCUUUCUAUUCACACCCUCUUCCCUCGUGAGACAUUCAUAGUGUUUGGACCGUCCUUCAGUCCGUCCGACACACUUUUUAUACGCCCGAAGGGACGUAUUACGUUAUACCCACGGUGUCCGUCUGUCUGUCCGUCCGUCCGUCCGUUAGCAAUUUCGUGUCCGCUCUGAACUCUUGGACCCCUUGAAGGAUUUCAAAGAAACUUGACACAAAUGUUCACCACAUCGAGACGACGUGCAGAGCGCAUGUUUUGGAUGGCUUGCUUCAAGGUCAA